AUGCGCAUUCACACAUGUGGUCUGACGAAAACACAUUUCCAACCGGUAUUGUUCCUCCUUGCGGUUUUGUACUAUCCAGAUACAUCCAGUGCGCUGAAGACGUUGAUGGAAAAAUACGCAGAUUUGGUCAAUCAGGCUCAAUCACUGCUGUACAACACGGCCAGUGACAUUGAAAUGGAUCGAUUCAUGUUUGAAAUGGCAGGAAAUGCGCUUGUGACCUAUGGAGAAGAUCUUGUGGACAUUCGUGAGUCUAUCAUUGCAAACGAGCUGUUUAUCGUUCAUUCGAAUAAAGCACAACCUUGA